UUGAUCAGCUGUUACUUCUGACUAAUAUUUUCUAUUAUUUUAACAAAGUGCAGUUGAUUAAAUUUUAAGGCCAUGCACGGACGUGUUAAAGUGAGGACAACGGAGGAGGAGCGGGAGAGGAAGAAGAAGGAGCAGGCCCUGAAAGUCCGGGCCUAUCGAGCCGCCAUGGGAAGGAUUCAGAAGAAAAGGGAGGCGGGUGAGCUGGACAAUGAAAUGCUCACUCUGACUGUGCAGAUCCUGCAGCGAAAUCCGGAUGUCAGUACGCUGUGGAACAUUCGCAGGGAGUGCGUGCUGGAGAAGCUGGCCAAGUUAAAGGAGGAGGAAGCCAAGGAGGAGAAGCCGGCUGAAGAAGAGCAUCAGGUGAAGACGCCUCCUGAAGACAAGUCCCAUUCCAUAUUCACUUGCGAACUAGACCUCACCGAGCAGUGCCUUAUGGUCAACCCCAAGUCCUACAACGCGUGGCACCACCGCUGCUGGACCCUGGAGCAGAACCCCCAGGCGGACUGGCAACGGGAGCUGCAGCUGUGCAACAAAUACCUUAAGUUCGACGAGCGCAACUUUCACACUUGGGACUAUAGACGUUAUGUCACCGAGAAAGCCGCUGUGCCUGCGGCCCAGGAGCUAGACUUUUGCACCGAGAAGAUCAAGGUGAACUUCUCCAACUACUCCAGCUGGCAUCACCGGAGUCUGCUGCUUCCAGAACUAUAUCCCAACGAGCAGAGGGAUCGCCCCAUGAGCGAGGAGAAGCUGCAGCAGGAACUGGAGAUGGUGCUAACGGCCGCCUUCACCGAUCCCAACGACAGCAGUGCCUGGUUCUACCAGCGAUGGCUGUUGGGCAGUGGCGCCCAGCUCGACCGGGCUCCCAGGAUAGCUGCUUUUCGGCUGGAGUCCAACCUAGCAGUACUUGCCUUAGACAAACCCUACUCAGAUCUAAAACAACUGAAAACCGAGCUGGUUGGCGGAGAGAAAACAGUGCUAUUGCAAUCCUGGCUGCCCGUGGAUAACCUAGGAACCAGUUGGAAGUGCCAGCAGUCGUUCAAUUACCAAAGAAACACAACCUACUCGCUUAAACUUUCCGAUCAAGAGGUAACCCUCUUACCUCUUCCUAGCACCGAAGAUGGAGCCUUUUACUUCGCGCCUCCACAUGCUACCACCAGUUGCAGCAAGGAACUUCUUGCGGAGCUGCAAACGCAGCUGCAAUCCUGCCUAGAUCUUUUGGAAUUCGAACCCGACAGCAAGUGGACUCUCCUAACAAGUGCCCUCCUAAUGCGUGCCAUCGAUGUGUCACCCAACCAUGAAAAGAGUUUGGAACACUUGGUCAAGCUGGAAAAGGUAGAUGCUUUGAGGGAAGGAUACUACAAGGACCUAGCCGCCAGGUGGUCUUUGGAGUCGGAAUUGGCGAAGUGGCCAACAGCUUCGGGAUAUCCAAAUACCUUUUCAUUGGCGGACGACGUACUCCUGACAUCACUACCUUAUGCGCAAUACCUUGUCAUUGCCGAUGUGUUGAACAUUUCCACCAAUCUCAGGGAGAAGCUGGGAGAUUCAGUGCCCAAAACAUUCGCAAACUUGAAGUUACAUUCUUAGACUAGACUAGCUAAUCGGGAAUUUCAAUGUUAUUUUAAUCGGUUUCCAUUAGAUAAUCUAAUAUUUUCCAUUCGGUGUGUACUGAGUCUACACUUAAGCGAUUGGAUAUUCUGAGAAAAACUUGAAACGAUCUAACUUUCAAUUAGGAAUUAUUCCUUUUUAUAAAUACAUUCUUUUUUAUGAAUAUCCUGUUUUAUAUAAACAUAAUACCCUAGUAAGGUAUGCAUUAUACACAAAAGUGAUUGAAUUUAAAAUAUACGAAUAGCAAAACA